GGCUGACCCAGUCUGACUACAACACACUCACAGACACACUCCUCCGGACCCCAAAUCUCUUUUACCUGCUGGCUCUUCCCUCAGCAUUGGUGUGUGUUUGUAUUAGUGGAGAGGAGCACCAUGACAGACUGAGGAGACAUGGAGAUUGGCUAUGCUGCAUGGAAAUAAUUUCUGUCAGCUGAGGCCUAAUGAGAAAAAAGCUUGGUGGUUAGUUGAGUGGUCAGAGGUGAUUAUGUGUCAGUUGGAGGAGCCAGAGGCCACACUGGGCCUGGACAGUCCUGAUCCGCUGGUGAGAGAAGCAUUUCUGAUGGCCUAUGAUUACAUCGACUAUGUUACCACAGGGGGGGCUGAUGGGACCAUGGGUCCUGCCCCUACAGCCUGCACCGCAGCCUUGCGCCAUGCAGGAGACGAGCUCCUCAACCGGUUCCCCAUCUUCUUCAGACGCUGGCCUCGUGUCUUCCAGGAUGUGACGGAGAACACAGCCUGCACUAUGCUCAUGAGCAUCCUUGAUGAGCACUUCUUUCUCCCUGUCCCUGGGGGGCGCCGCAGGGACCUGGCCUGGAGCGCUGUGCUGUCAGUGUAUGUGCUGGCUGGCCAGAUGGCUCUGCAUUGCCAUGAGAGGGGCAUGUUGGGGGUCUUGCCCCAGCUGAAGGUGUGUGUGGGCGCCUAUGUACAGAGGGUCAUCUGCCCUGACAUACGAGACAAGGGAGGAUGGGAUGGCUUUGUGUCACGCUUUGGGAAGAAGAAGGACUUGGAGGGUCAGGUGAAGAGAGUGUGCCGCUGGACACUGCUGGGACUAGCCACAGGCCUCCUCACCUACCUGCUAUGGAAAAGAAUGACUUAGCCAGCACUGCCUCCUACUGUUCACCAUCAGAAAGUGCUACAUCAGUGUCCUCUUGAGCACUGUAGCUUCUAUAAAGCCUACAGAAGCCAUACUCAGUUAACAUAUCUGAACCAUUUUCAUAUCAUUACAUUGUUAAUGUUUGAUUGAUAAUUGGUGUUGGAACCGGUAAUGCACGUAAGUAUUCAAGCCAUUUCGUCAGUCCCAUGUCAGCUUAUCGUGUUUACACAGCAAUUCAUGGACUUUGACCUGGUAUACGUCACCAACCUCUGCUGUUUUAAACUCUACAUGUAGUUAGCGAGGAUUAAUCAACAAGCUGAUUUAUACUGGAUUUCUGUUAGUGUUGAAAUGACAUUCUUCAUAUUAAUCAGCAUUUUCAGACCAGAGUAAAGAUGGAAACACUUUUAAGAGGCAAAGUACAAGCUACAGUAAAGCUAUUAUCUGGACAAUAUUACUUUAACUGCUUUCAUGACAUCAUUAAGUAACUUACAGCAUCUGCCAAACAUUUAAACUUGUACAUGAUAAGUCAAUAUCAAAAUGUACACUCAUUAAAAACAGACACGUUGCAUAUGCAAGAACUUUUAUUAACAGAACAGUAGACAGAACACUGAAAAUUACAUGUCCACUGCAGAGAGAGAACAGCAAAUGGAACACUGAAAGUUACUUUGAAACAUUACAUUUCCACUGCAGAGACAGGACAGCAGCUGGAACACUGAAUUACUGUGAACGUUAUUUUUCACUGUAAA